CCGAGUGAGCGCUCGUUGUGACCAUGCGAAAUGCACGCGAGUCAUGUAUUACACCACCCCUGCUACCACGCCACGGACACGGGGCGACUCCAGGCACCCACUCCCCAGACCCCGACUCACCUCACCUUUACCCCUCCUCUCCCCUCCUCCUCUGUUGUCUUUACUCACCAGGAAUGCCUCCCCCCCUAACCCUCCUUUUGUAUUUCCAUGGCAGUUGACUAAACGGCCUAAGAACCGUAACUCUAUUGUUUUGAUAUGUACAUAAUCUACAUAGCAAGGAACUAAGUGUACACGAACAGAACGAAAGAGCGUGACUAGUCUCCCCUUGCAUCAAGAGGACAUAACUGUCAGUACAGAUGAAUGGAACCCUGGAUGAUAGAAACCAAGACGUGUUAUCCAUUGGAUCUCUCAACAACACUGUCAGGUUCUCAACCCUUGGGUUGUCUUGGAGCACUGUUUAGGACAUCCGGUUAGUUCUCAAACUAUUCAUACUGGAUAUCAUUUCUCGCUUGGAAGUGUUAAAAAAAAAGUGCAUCAAAUUAAUUCUCUGAGGACUGGAUAACUUAUGGAUAUUUUUCCUUUGGAUAGAAUCGCUGGAUAAAGUUUGUCUUAUUUCGACUUGAUGGGCAGAUAGUCCUGAGACACCAUGUUGGCAUUCUGCUCACCGAGACCUUAAAAACCACGCGAAGAGCAUGUAAAGAACUGGUCAACACUACGCAUGAGCGGUCAGUUCAACGGGCAGGCAGAAGCAGGGCCGUGGCCAGAUUGUGCUUCAUAGUCAGCGCCUCUAAACUCCGCAAGCCCGGGGUGUCGCGUUGCACUGUCAGAGACGCACCCCCCGGGCAGUCCUCGGCCUCGUCGGAUGUACGAUGACCAGUACUCAUUGGAAACGACUGUCCACUUUGGUCAUUGGAUUAGCCUUGGUUCACUGCGCGCGGUGUCUGCCGGAGCUGCUCAAGAUAGGAGGUCUAUUCGGAGCCGGUGACGAACAUUCCAGUAUAGAAAACGCUUUAAAAUACGCUGUGUACAGAAUCAAUCACGACCGACAACUCUUGGCCAAUACCAAGCUUAUCUACGACAUACAGACUUUGUCUCCUGGAGACGCCUUUGGAUCAUCCAAAAAAGUGUGCACUCAAGUGGAACAGAACACUAUCGCCAUCUUUGGACCACGGGCGGAGCAGUUGUCCAGCUACGUUAACUCCCUGUGCGCCACCCUGCAGAUACCUCAUAUGCAAAUGAGGAGCGACGCCGGGGCGUACUUCCCGUCCCAGCCCCACGCGCUGACCAUCAACCUGUACCCAGGAUCGCAGCAGAUGGGAAAGGCCAUCACGGAUCUGAUUGUCCACUACGGCUGGACAGAGCUGUUGGUCAUCUACGGAAACACUCAGGGUUUGGGCCGUGUCCAGCGAGUACUUCGUGCAGAUUUCGGCGACCUGAGCGAGAUCAUCGUCCGCCACGUGGAUUCCAACAACAUGAGGUCCAUUCUGAAAGAGGCCAAGACCAAACGCUGGCGGAGGAUGCUGAUAGACCUUCCAGUGGAUGAAACCACACUGUUUCUAAAAAUGGCUCUUCAAGAAGGAAUGAUUGAUCCAUACCACCACUACAUCAUCACUCAUUUAGAUAUAGAAUCCAUAGACAUGGAAGACUUUCGUCACAACUAUGUCAACUUGACCGGCUUCAGGAUGGUUGACCCCAGCGACCCUCAGGUCAAGAAAAUUAUUCAGGACAUGGAGAUCUACGAAAUGCAAAGUGACCUUAGUCUUUUGAAUACAACUGGCUAUUUAUCACUUCCGCAUGAGGUAGCUCUGAUGUACGACUCUGUUUACUUGCUGGCUAAUGCGCUGGAACGCUACGCCACGUCGGCCAUCUUGCGACCGUUGAACUCCAGUUGUUCUGUGCCAACUCCCUGGCAGUCUGGGCCAAGUUUAUAUUCUUUUCUCAACCAGGUAGCUAUGAAGGGACUUACGGGUGAUAUUAUUUUAAAGACGGGUACACGAAUUGAUUUCAAACUUGACAUCAUGCAGCUAACACCGCGAGGACUCAUAAAGGGGGGUGAGUGGCGUGUGUCCUCGGGUAUCAACAUUAGUUACCAUGACAACAUUAAUUCCGGGAAUCCCUUCGGCAACAAAACGCUGGUCGUUACGUCACUGAAGGAAUCUCCGUUUUUAAUGGAUAAAGAGAACCCAACCCCGGAUGAGCUGUAUGAAGGGUUCUGCAUUGACCUGACCAAAGAGUUAGCCAGGAUCGUCGGGUUUAACUUCCGCAUCGAGCUGGUGCCUGAUGGGAACUACGGGUCUCCCAACACGCAGGGCGAGUGGGACGGCAUGGUCAGGGAGAUAAUUGACCGGAGAGCUGAUCUGGCCAUUGCCCCUUUGACCAUAACAUAUCUUAGAGAACAGGUCAUCGAUUUCACCAAGCCAUUUCUGAAUCUGGGCAUCAGUAUUUUGUUCAAGGUGCCCCGGAAGGAGAAACCUGGACUUUUUUCAUUCCUGAAUCCACUGGCCAUUGAGAUAUGGUUGUAUGUUAUUGGUGCCUAUUUGAUAGUCAGCUUCACCAUCUUCACCCUGGCUCGCUUCAGCCCCUACGAGUGGUACAACCCUCACCCCUGCAACCCAGACACUGACGUAGUGGAGAACACAUUUAACUUGUCCAACAGCCUGUGGUUUACUGUUGGGACACUCAUGCAACAAGGCUCAGACAUCAACCCCAGGGCUGUCAGUACCAGGCUCGUGGGUGGCAUCUGGUGGUUCUUCACACUCAUCAUCAUCUCCUCCUACACGGCCAACCUGGCAGCCUUCCUUACGGUGGAGAGGAUGGUCUCACCCAUUGAGAGCGCCGAGGACCUGGCCAAGCAGACGGAAAUUGAGUAUGGGACAAGGGUCAGUUCGUCCACUUUGUCUUUCUUCAAGGAUUCCAACAUUGACACCUAUAAAAGAAUGUUCGCCUUCAUGAAAGAGAGACCUAACGCCAUCACAGACAGCUAUGCUGAGGGGAUUGCUAAAGUCAAGAGAGGCAACUACGCCUUUUUCAUGGAGAACCUUAUGAUUGACUAUCAAGUCCAGAGAAACUGUGAUCUCAUGCAAGUUGGAGGAACACUUGACUCUAAAGGCUACGGCAUUGGGUUACCCAUGAAUUCUCCCUACAGGGAUAAACUGUCAAUGGCUAUUUUAGAAUUGCAAGAAGCCGGAAAGAUUCAAAUGUUGUACAAUAAGUGGUGGAAGGACACUGGAACAUGCAUCAGGGAGGAUACAAAAGAGUCCAAGGCCAAUGCUUUAGGAGUAGAAAAUGUGGGCGGAAUAUUUGUUGUGUUGUUGGUAGGGCUAGCUCUUGCUGUGAUAGUCGCCUUCAUUGAGUUCAUCUACAAGUCCAGGCAAAACGCUUAUGAAGAUAAGGAAUCUCUGUGCUCCGAGAUGGCUAGAGAGCUGAGGUUUGCUGUCAGGUGUAGUGGCGCCUCCAAAAGGCCCAGGAAUAAAAUGUACAGAGGGAAGUGUCGAGACUGCAAGGAAGGGAAGCCACACACAAGUCAAACUCAUCAUAUACAAGAAGUUGGUCCGGAAUCUCCCAACGGAAUCGUACAGCUCAGACCCGCCAAGAAAUCUCCUUCUUCAGUGCCUUCGUCCACCAGGUCUGUCACGGUUCGUUACGAGACAGAAUUUAGACCAGAUGGCACCAGUCAUCAGAAACGAGACUUUAAUGGCGACUACCAGCAUGUAGAUUGUAGUGAUAAUGAAGUAUGAUGGUUCUGCUGGUCAGUGUGAACGGAAUCAACGUGACAACUACAGCAGUAUCUGACUUGCGGUCUAAUUACAAGAGUUUAUCUUCGUGUCCAGAUCGUCCCUCUAAAUAUCAUUAAAUAGAGCAACAACGAUGGAUGGCGAUGACUUAAGCUCCUUGGACUACUGGCUGUAAAUUAUAUUUGCACUUGCAAUGAAGUUGCUAACUUUGGUGCUUGAAAUAAAGAUACGAACUUUGUGAUCACAACACAGUGACUCUUACAUUUCCCCAAUUAGUGUAAGAAUGUAGUCACGUGGCACACAUUUCCACGAAGAAGAGGUACGAUACAACUGUAUCAAUGGUCAUGAAAGCCGCUUGACAAAUACGGCAUUGAUGAGUGUGCAUAGGCCUCCGCCUCUUCUCAGAUUAGUUUUCACCUGUUAAAUUGCUGUCCCAAGGGACAGUACUGGUGGUAACUUUGAACUCAUAGUUUGAAAAAAAAUGGACAUAAUGUUAAAAAGCGUGGACUGGUCACCAUGUUUAUUUACAAACUAGAAUUUCAGAAACUUAAAUAGGCAUUAUGAUUGACAUUACUUAGAGGUUAAGUUUGUUUUUAUAUCAUCAACGAAUUAUGAAAAAUACAUUCUGUGUAUUAGACAAAUGUACCACCAACAACCAUAACAAUAAUAGCAUCUUGUGCUACAGUGAAACUUUGUUUUCGACCUAUAAAUUAAUAUGUUUAUUAUCAAAUCAAAGCGACAAUCAUCUUCACAACAUCUUUGUAUUUUCAUGUCACCAUAACAUUAUAUUAAAAGUUAUGGCUAGUACGUAAUAAAUAAAUAAAUAAAUUGUCUUAAGAACAGACCUGUCGUUGAGCGAAUUAAUGAUAACUUCAACUUGAAUUGGGAAACUUGGAUGGCUGGAUUGAGCAUAUUUCAUUUUAGUGAAUUCUUUUUACUUUUUUGAAGUUAUGUAUUAACACACUAAAAAUGCACACCAAAUAUAAAAAAAAGAUGUACAAAUUAUUUAUAUACAAUUUGACCAAUGUGUGUGGUAUAAAAGAAGAGCGAUGAUAUUUUUGUGUGCACAGGGGAUGUGAUGAUAUUAUGGUUUCAUCCACAGAUGUACAUAUAUAGAUUCAUUUAAUAUAUCAUGGACCUUUGUGCAAUAACUGAACUCUAAAGAAACUAUGCACUAGAUUUCUGUUCUAGCCUGGCGCACUAACCUGGUGCACUGUAGCCUGUUAAUUGAACGUGUGUACACUGACAAAGUAACAAACGCAGCAACAAAAUGGAAAUCAAAUCUUUCUAAUGGUCUUUGUUAUACUUUCUAAUGCCAAUCUAAUUUCUAGCCGUACAAAGUGAAGAACAUACGAAACAAUAUCGAGUGUUUUAUUAAUACGGAAUACGUUUUAAGACAAUGCUAACAAGAAUGUAACAUGUAGUUGAGCUAGAUAUUGGUAACAAAAGAUAAUUUCAUAUUUCCAUGGACUUCAACUUUCUGAAGUAGACUCCAACCUAAAAGAUAAUUAAUUAACAAGCUUCGAAUUUAAAUCCUUUCAAUUAAUUGAAAUGUGCAGUUGUACAAUAUCAUUGGAUAAUGAAUUCACGAUAUGUGAAGUAUGAUACAAUUUAAAAGUUUUAAUACAUUUUUAAAAAGUCCAUCCGAUUACAAGGUGCUAUGGUCUAAUUACUAACGAUGACUACAUUUCUGGCUUAUUUUAAUAAAAAAAAAUCCCUCAAAUAAUUGAAAUCUAGAACAGGUUUUUGAUAAAUCAUUACAUAUAAAUUUCAUAAUUGAUGUAUUUGCACAUUACAAAAUGUUUUUUUAUUUGAUUUCUAGACAGCAAACGUUGGAUCUUUUCAGCUUCCUGUUUUUUUAAGCACUGCAUUUGUGUACACAUUGACUUUUUAAAUGAUCUCUGAGAGCACGUCUACAGUAAAAUCUCCUUUCAGGGAUUUGUUUUUUUACAUUGCUUACAUGUACAUGUGUACGUCACAACCUAGUCUGUCCAGAACAAACAAUACUUCAUAAGAGCCUAGAGCAUUAGGAAAGAAUGGGCUAUUAUUUUUUGUGUUUAUUUUUGUGUCACUAAACUUUCCUUUUGUGUCAUUAUUUUAUCUUAUUUAUUUGUGUGUUAAUAAUGACUUCAGGUUGUUUUUCAGCUUUCCAUGAACUGAAUCAUUUCUAUAGAUUUCUACACUAUAGACAGGGGGGUAGUUGUGAUUGGUGCUGCCUUCAAUUAGUUACGUUUAAAAAAAAAAGUAACAAUACAGAAGAUGAGGCAUCAGAUGACAAACAAACAAAAAAGUAAAUGAAUAAACAAACUCGUAACUAAAUGACUAAAUGUUAAAUAGAAAAAACAUUUCAGUCCAACAAACUUACACAUUUGACUAUAAGAACCGAUUUUCUUUAUGAACCAAAAUGCUUCCGUAAAAAUAUGCAAAAAAAUAUUACUCUCAAAAGAUCUAUAAUUUUUUAGAUAUAUAUAGAGUCUAUUUAACAGAUUUAUUAUAUCCAAUAAAUAGAGAGACUAAAUACAAAACUAAAAAUGCAAGAAAAAAAUGUUCUUUCUAUGUUUGAUUCAAAGUUAGUUUAAAUUAAAGUUCUUCAUUAUUGGUUGAAUAACUUUUUUUCUUUUUUCAAUUCUCAAAUAGUUAAAAGUACAGACCUACUACCAAGGUGACCUGUUAAAAGUCUCAUCCAGCAUAUGGAAGGAAGAAUAGUACACAUAAUACUAAGCAAUAAUCAAGGGCUAGCACCACCAACUGAGAAACACGAGUUGUCUUUAUAUACUGAUUAAAACGAUGUACAACGAGAAUAUCCGAUUAAUGCUUCAGGAAAAUUUUCAAUAAACAUUAGGAAUUAAUAUCAAAGAUUAGGAAUUAAUAUCUAAACACCAAGAACUAUAUCUAAGCUGCGUUUGAUUUUCACCCAAAAGGGAGAUAACAUAGAUAUUAAAAGUAUUUUGGGUGUAACUUGUGAUUCUGUCAAACGAGUAUAAUAAUUAAACAGAACAUCUAAAGAAAUGAAUCACUCCUGGUGUCAUAAAUAAGUGAUAUCUCCUAUGCUUUUUUUUUAUGACAGUACAAAUCGGUAUGGCGUACCGGCACCUUUUUCAAUGUGGGGAAAAAUUAUUACUAUUCUUAUAUUAUAACGUUUAUUAUUAAUGUAUUAGUAAUGAAAAGUUAGGCAGUCCAUCACCGAGUACCGGCACCUAGUCAUUUACAAAAAAAGCACAGGAGAUCUCUAACACUAUAAUAGCAAAUAACUCUGUUUAACAUUGUCGUAAAAAAAUCAACUCAAUAUAGGCUUUGAGAUUUCAAAAAAAAAAUGUUUGUGCUUUAGCAUUCAAUUUGUUGUUUUUUUUUUAUUCUUAUGUGGAGUUACUUCUACCGUUGGAUAAAAGAAUAGUUCUGUCUGGAUACUUCUGCCUGGAUACUGGAAUCAAUAUCAAAUCAUGAUUUUCUUUCUUUUUUUUUUUUUUGGAGCACAAUAAAAACAUCUCGCACCCAGCUCCACUGAUUGUUUCUACUUUGUUUCUUGAAAAAAAAAACACAAAAAAGUAAACUAUUAGUGAAUCUACAUUCGGCUCUGUUUUUAAUGUAUUAUAGAGAUAUAUGUGUGUAUAAAGCGCUCUUUAUUUUUACAGUAAAGUUUGUCACUUUAUAUUGUAUCAUUUGUGCCAUUUGACAUUUUUGUGAUAUUCUUGUUUGUGACAGUAGUAUCAAUUAGACUUGGAAAACGAUUUUUGAGAACAGCAUCCUGUAGCAUUGUCAAAAUGUAUGUAUUCUUAAGUACAGAGUCAAUAUGUCAUUCCUGUUUCCUGUCAUAUGUAGAGCAUGUGUCUGAACAUAAGUCAACAUAUCAUUUAAUGUUUGUCGGUUGCAGCUGUCACUAAAGUACAUAUUUGGUUUAGGUGUGUGUGUGUUUGUGUGUGCUGACGUAUGGAUGUCGAUGGGCUACUUUUAUUAUUUAAUAACAAGAAAUAUUGAUUAUCGAAAAGUAGAACAGCUGAAAAAUAAAUUUACAAUUAUCUACGCUUCGAUCUAGAACUGUCCUUAAAAUGUUCAGGUAGAAAAUGGGAUUUUAAACUCUAAAUAACAUGAACUCCUGGUUACUUUUGAACAAGAAAAUGUUCUAGAGCCCUUUUAAAUAUAUUACAUUACUGUUGUCAUAAUGCUAAGUUUAGCCGCGGCUGAGCACCCUUAAUGAAACCUAUUAUUUUUGGCACAGGAAAAUGCUUUAAAAUUGCUCCUUAUGGUCGAUAUUCGGUCGCAUUCUGUAUAUAUAUACACGUCUCUAUUUCCCCUAGAUGAUCACGUCUCUAUCUUCCCCUAGAUGAUCACGUCUCUAUCUUCCCCUAGAUGAUCACGUCUCUAUCUCCCCCUAGAUGAUCACGUCUCUAUCUUCCCCUAGAUGAUCACGUCUCUAUCUUCCCCUAGAUGAUCACGUCUCUAUCUUCCCCUAGAUGAUCACGUCUCUAUCUUCCCCUAGAUGAUCCCGUCUCUAUCUUCCCCUAGAUGAUCACGUCUCUAUCUUCCCCUAGAUGAUCACGUCUCUAUCUCCCCCUAGAUGAUCACGUCUCUAUAUCCCCCUAUGUGAUCAAGUCUCUCCCACUGUUUAUUAGUUUCUGUAUUUUUUU